GCUUAUAAUAAUUUAUAGUAAUUUUACGUUUUUCUACCAUUAUAUGUAAAGAUUAAUUAGACUUAGUCUAUACUAAUUUAAAAUCACAGAAGUAUUUUUUUCCGUAAAUAAAAUAAGGAGAAGAGGUUUGCGUGGAUUAUAGAAUCCACACAGUAUGCUUAAUUUAUCAUGAGAGGCAAGGAAGCAAGUAGCUGGCACAACUAAGGAGGAAAUUUUACAGAAAAGAAAUAAGAAGGAAAAAAAUGGAGAAAGGUCAAUUUCCAAGUUGGAAGAAGAACAAAUUGAAUGGUUUAGGAGAGUUAGAAGGUUUUGAAGGGGAGUUAAAAGUAACAAAAUCACUACCAUUAGUAGUUCAACCACAAACACCAAAAGAGCCAAUGGAGUUUUUGUCAAGAUCAUGGAGUGUUUCAGCAGAAGAAAUCUCAAAAGCACUUGCUAAUAAACACAAGCAUUUCCUCCUUGACAAGCAUCCUAUUGACAGUCCUACAUUGAUUUCAGAACCUUCACUCACUUCACCUCCUCAUACUCAGAUGGAUAAAAUCAAGAGUAAUGUCCAUAACCGGCGAAUGGGAGGAAUAGGGAAGUGGUUCCACCAUCAUAGGGACUCUAAAUCAAGUUACAACUCUUUCAGGAAAAAGGACAGGGAAAGAGCAGAGAAUGCCCAUAUGCAUGCUGCUCUCUCAAUUGCAGGCCUUGCAGCAGCACUUGCUGCUGUGGCUGCAGCUGAUAGUUCAACAUCAGGUUCAAAAAUGAGCAGGGCGGUUGCAUCAGCUACCGAGCUCUUAGCAUCACAUUGCAUCGAGAUCGCUGAGCAAGCAGGAGCUGAUCACGAUCGUGUAGCCUCAGCUGUCAGAUCAGCUGUGGAUAUUAAGAGCCCUGGUGAUCUGAUGACUCUGACAGCAGCUUCUGCAACGGCUUUGAGAGCAGAAGCAGCAUUACGGUCAAGAUUGCCAAAAGAUGCAAAGAAGAAUGCUGCUAUCAGUCCCUAUGAUAAAGGGUUAGGGGAUGUUCUUGAUCCUUACCAAAGCGAAAUUGAAGACCCGAAAUUCCCCUGCGUUGGCGAACUAAUGCAGCACACAGCGAAAGGCGGGUUAAGAUGGAAGCAAGUCACUAUCUACAUCAACAAAAGUUCUCAGGUUAUACUUAAAAUGAAAAGAAAACACGUCGGAGGUGCUUUCUCAAAGAAGGAUAAAUGUUUAGUCUAUGAAGUUUGUGAUCAGACCACAGGAUGGCCUUUCAGAAAAGAAAGGGAGGAUUUAGACGCUUAUUUUGGACUUAAAACGGGACAAGGUUUCUUGGAGUUCAAGUGCAAGAGCAAGGUUCACAGGCAACAAUGGGUUGACGGUAUUCAGAAUAUGUUAGACAAAGUAGGUUGUAUCGAAGAUGUUGAGAACUCGUUGCAGAGCCUGAAUCUCAAAUAAGCAUUCUUAGUUGUUUUCUUGUAUGUUCAUAGAGAUCAGGGAUUUUGGUUCUGACAGUAAUAUGGUGGAAGCUGGUGUUACAUACUACAAAUAGACAAAAGAGCCACAAGGUAAAUGUACUGAAAUAAACUAACAUGAAGUAAUUGGUGUAGUAGCAACAGCCACAAGGGCAAUGUUCAAAGGAACUAUGUCAUUCCUAUGUAAAUCACUUAUAAAUCUUUUUGCCUCAGAUUAUGUUAUUAUCCUGGUAUCUUAUCAUA